AACUGAAACCCUGACUAGAUAUCAUACCUGUUCCUGUUUUUACCGUCCCCUCAUGUACGGUUUUUCCUGUUUUCCUGCAAGAACUUCGAUCAGUUACAAGACCCGACUGGCUAUCUGCCGAAAGAACUUCGACCAGAGGGCAGAGGCGAACUGGCAGCAGUAAUUGGUGCACGAUUGUAUCCCUCAUCAGUGGAAACAACCAACUGGGGAAGUGCUCCAAGAAAAGUGAAGGAGAAAUGCUGAGACUACGCAAGUGCAAGUUAUAUUAUCCGUAAGUUAAAUUUCAGUGGUAGAACAACAACAUCCAAGCCUUAGUCCCAAAAGAGUAAAUAUCCGCAGUAAAUGUUGAAAAAAUUCCUUUGACCCGAAAGUUGUGCCUGUAUGCUAAUGUAUUUCUAAUUUGUUAGAAAUGUAUGCAAAAGUACUCACAGUGUCAAUAUGCAGUCCUAUUCCGACAAAGUUACCACCUUCAGCAAAUUUUGUUGCUCCUUGCAAUCAAUCAGAAAGUUUGGUUGGUUCUUCAGAACUGAAAUAUGGGUAUCACAAUUCAUUCAGAAAAAUACCUGGAUUACAAAGGAGCUCACGAAAUGGGUGUGGUCAUGUGGUGGUAAAUGUUACAUGUGAAGCAUCAAAAGGGGGAAAUGGUAAUGAUGAUCGGUUUUACAUGAGGAGGUGUGUAGAGCUCGCUAGGAAAGCAGUUGGGUUCACAAGUCCUAAUCCUAUGGUUGGUUGUGUUAUUGUUAAAGAUGGAAGCAUUGUGGGAGAAGGGUUUCACCCUAAAGCUGGUCAGCCUCAUGCUGAGGUUUUUGCACUGAGAGAUGCUGGGAGUAUGGCAGAAGGUGCAACUGCAUAUGUGAGCUUAGAACCUUGUAACCACUAUGGUAGGACUCCACCAUGCACUGAAGCACUGAUCAAGGCCAAAGUGAAGAAGGUGGUUGUUGGGAUGGUGGACCCAAAUCCUAUUGUGGCUUCAAAAGGGUUGGGUAGACUAAGGGAUGCGGGAAUGGAAGUGACCGUAGGUGUUGAGGAACAACUUUGUCAGAAGCUUAAUGAAGCCUUUAUACAUCGAAUGUUGACAGGGAAGCCCUUUGUUACCCUAAGAUACUCCAUCUCACUUGAUGGACAUCUUUUGGAUGAAGUAGGGAGGGAGGGCAGUGAAUCAGGCGGUUACUACUCAAAACUGCUGCAAGAAAAUGAUGCUGUCAUACAUUCUUCCACCAGGCUGCAAGAAAAUGAUGCUGUCAUACAUUCUUCCACCAGGUUGUUAGCGGAGAGCCGCCACCCUCUGGUUCCUUCAUCUAGAGAACCUGGAGCAAAUCAACCACUUCACAUUUUGUUAUCUGUCCCUCCAAUGCAAAAAACGAUCACAAUCACCGAGAAAGAUGGAGUACUCUCUCUGGAUAUGACGAAUUUAAGAUCAAUACUUGAGGAAUGCGAACAUCGUGGGCUGUGUAGUGUUAUGGUGGAUGUAAGAUGUGAUUCCUCUACUGAAUUUGGCCGGUUUUUGAAAGAGGGUUUUGAGCAAAGUCUGUUCCAGAAGGCUGUGGUCGAGGUAUUACCAGUCUGGGGAGGGUCGCACCAUUUGAACAGCUUGGGGCAACUCGGUCUGAAGGUGAAGAGCUUGACAUCAACGGUCUCUGGUGACACUGUUCUCCUGGAAGCAUAUUUUUGAUUCCAACAUAUGUGAAUGUAGUAGAGUGAUGACUGAUGAUCACUCUCCCUCUUGGUCCCACAUGUGUAGCAGCAUCUAAUUAAAUUAGUUUUUCAACAACUAUUUAAACAAUUUAAAUAAUUGUUUUUAGAUUCUAAAUAUAUGUUCUGCUCUGGAUUAUUUAUUUUCCAAUUAAAAACUUUAGUUUUAACUUUGGCCAAUUCUAGAGCACCUUUGAGUAAUU